CUGGCGGAACUGUAGUCGGCAGUAUUUGUCAUCACCAUGCGUUCGUGUAUAAUUCUCCUCACUUUAUGCUUUUGUGGCGUUUUUGCCCAAAAGGACCCCCACUUCGCCGAUGGCAGGAAUUCGAUAGUCCACUUGUUCGAAUGGAAAUGGAACGACAUUGCCGACGAAUGCGAAAGGUUUUUAGCACCAAAAGGCUUUGGUGGAGUCCAAAUUUCGCCACCCAAUGAAAAUCUUGUGGUCGCCGACAGCGGCAGACCUUGGUGGGAACGAUAUCAACCCGUAAGUUACGUCAUUAAUACCAGAUCGGGUGACGAGAGUGCCUUUGCUGAUAUGACGCAGAGAUGUAAUGCUGUUGGUGUUCGCAUUUACGUGGAUGCCGUCAUCAAUCACAUGACAGGCAUGAGCGGGACUGGAACUGCUGGUAACUCGGCGGACCGUACUGGCAAAAAUUACCCAGGAGUACCUUACGGAAGUGGAGAUUUCAACAGUGACUGCGAAGUGAACAACUACCAAGAUGCUAACAAUGUCAGAAACUGUGCACUUGUGGGUCUGGCUGACUUAAAUCAGGGUACUGAUUACGUCAGAGGAGAACUCAUUGGAUACAUGAACCAUAUGAUCGACUUGGGGGUCGCUGGUUUUCGAGUAGACGCUGCAAAACACAUGUGGCCUGGUGAUUUAGGAACAAUCUUUUCUAGUCUUCAGAAUUUGAAUACGGGUCACGGUUUUCCAGAUGGUGCCCGCCCUUUCAUCUACCAAGAAGUUAUAGAUCUUGGUGGUGAAGCUAUAAGCAAACACGAAUACACUGACAUUGGUUGCGUGCUGGAAUUCCAAUUUGGCGUCAGUUUGGGCAAUGCUUUCCAAGGCGGCAACCAACUGGCAAACUUGGCAAACUGGGGCCCCGAUUGGAACCUUCUCGACGGUCUAGACGCAGUAGUGUUUGUUGACAACCACGACAAUCAGAGAACCGGAGGAAGCCAAAUUCUUACCUACAAAAACCCCAGACCCUACAAAAUGGCGAUCGCGUUUAUGUUGGCUCACCCUUAUGGUACCACGAGAAUCAUGUCCAGUUUUGCUUUUGAUAACAAUGAUCAAGGACCUCCGCAAGACGGUAACGGAAAUUUGGUUUCUCCCAGUAUCAACGAUGACGGUACUUGUGGAAAUGGUUACGUUUGCGAACAUCGAUGGCGCCAGAUUUUCGAUAUGGUUGGGUUUAGGAAUGCUGUUGCUGGUACCGAUAUUGCGAACUGGUGGUCUGAUGGUAACCAGCAGAUAGCGUUCAGCAGAGGAGAUAAAGGUUUUGUGGCCUUCACACUUGGAGGCGAUAUUAACCAGCACCUCAAUACGGGUCUUCCUGGGGGAACCUACUGUGAUGUUAUUUCUGGUGUACUUGAUGGUGGGGCGUGCACUGGUAAAACUGUCACUGUAGGCAGUGAUGGAUAUGCUGAUAUAUCUCUUGGAGCUAGUGAAGAUGAUGGAGUUUUGGCCAUUCAUGUUAACGCUAAGUUGAUGAGUAAAUUGUAGUUUUUAAGAAUAAAGAAAAAUUACCAAAGAUUGUUCUCAAGAUAUAGAUUAAAAAUACAAAAAUAAAUUUGGUGAAAAAUUU